CAAGAGGAAAAUUUCGGUUAUCGAAAUUUACAGCUACGCAACGAAGUCACAAAUAGACAUUUUUAUUUCUCGUGAAAUAUUGAGCAUCAUAACACGAUCAACUGUCGCUAAAAAAAUACAGCGUAGUAUCUUCUGUUGACUACAGUUGUAAGACCACUCGGUGGAAUGGGAGCUGUUGAGAAAGUAUAAAAGAGCUCGUGCAACGCAGCAGUUCGGGUUCUGAGGGGCAACGUUGAUUUGGGAUUAUUGGUAUUGUUUUUCAUCCGAUUGACAAUACGAAUCAUCCGGCAAUGGCCCUCAGUCAAACCAGUGUGAAUAAUUGACUGUCUUAUGGCUCCUGACAUUUAUUAUUCUUUAUUCUUAUUCCAGUUGAAAUUGUACAAUACAGUAAUAGAAGAUGUUAUUGCUGGCGUACGAGAAUCUUUUUUGGAUGAGGGAGUGGAUGAACAAGUGCUGCAGGAGCUCAAACAAAUUUGGGAAACAAAGUUAAUGUCUAGUAAAGCUGUAGAACUAAAUUCCGAUCCUCCAGAACCCCAACCACCUCAAAUGAAUGCACACAAAAUUGCACCUGCAAACAAAGCUGGAGCAAUAGGAAAUCAUUUUGUACAACAAACACCUGGAACAGUUGUACAACAACAGCAACAACCAGUUCAACUUCCUCCACAACCACAGCCGCAGCAGCAACAGCAACAGCAACAGCAACAGCAACAGACCCAUGCACAACCUGCUGGUAUACCAGUGCAACAACAAACUCCUGUUCCGGUACAACAAGUUGUUGCUACACCAGCAGCAGGAUUCGAACGACAAGUUCCCAUACAAAUCACAUUACCUGCACAAGCUAGUGUUUCCGGUGGGGAGCAACGUGUACUAACUAUACAAGUUCCUGCUUCUGCUAUUCAAGGUAACCAAUUACAUACAAUUCUAACGGGACCAGUUAUCACGGCAGCGAUGGGGCUACCUGCAAAUUUAGCAUCGACAUUAUUGCAGCAACAUGUGAAUGUGACUUUACAAGGUCAGGCAUUAACGCCUAUCCAAGUAAAUCAACCUGUGCAGGUUGUGACACAAAAUACGAACAAUGUUGUUGCUCAAAGGCCGAUUCAGAAUCAGCAACAGGGCAAUAUAGCACAAUUGGAUGGAGCGCUGGGCGAUUCGUCUGAUGACGAAGAAGAAGAAGAAGAAGAAGAUAAUGACGAUGAUGAUGAGGAUAUGGAUGAUAAGGAGGAGGAUGAGAAUGACGAAGCCGCAGCACGUGAAGAGGAACCAUUAAAUUCGGAAGAUGACGUUACGGAUGAUGAUCCCACUGAUUUGUUUGAUACAGAUAAUGUUGUUGUUUGCCAGUACGACAAGAUAACGAGGAGCCGGAACAAGUGGAAAUUUUAUCUAAAGGAUGGUAUAAUGAACCUAAGUGGUAAGGAUUAUGUGUUCCAAAAAGCAAAUGGCGACGCAGAAUGGUGAACCCUUGUCGCAUAGUUGUGAUACGUCGAGUUCUAUGAUCACCACCAUCAUUCAGGGAUAAUUUGAAAGCAGCUCUUAACACGUGUUCAUAAUGAAAAUUCGUGGUUCCGAGAUGAAGAAAUGUACGACUACCAUGAAAAAAAGGCAUACAGUCGUGAUAAGGUGUUGUGAAUAAAAAUAAAUUAAAUAGUGCAAAGUACUGAAUGUUAGAUUUGCCUAGACAAGCACCUGGCUAAAACUGGAACUCCUAAUAUACAUUAAAUUUGUUGUCUUUUUUUUUCUUAGUGUAAUAAUCAUUUGUCUUUCCGUUGCUUUUAAAUAUUGACACGAAAAUAUAAUCAUAUCGACAGCGUGAUAUCAUUUUUUAAAACAACGUGCCUGCUAGAAACGCAGUACUUAACAGUUUUGCAAGAAUGUAGCUCCAUUUGUUAUACGUAUUAUAAAAAUACAUAAUAAACACCAACAGGCCUCUCCAUUUUCCAACCAUAAGAAAAACGCGUGCUUUCCUUAGGAAAAUUCGUUCCUAAACUUUGGAUUUAUUCGGGUAUAGACAGAUACGAUGACAUGUCCUAGAUAACGGAAAUUACAGUAAGCCUGUGGCUCAUGUCAAAUAUGACAAAUAUAAUCUCUUCAAAAGAUUGAAGUUAAACGAGUAACAAUUGUUUGAGUUCACUUAUAUCCAUUGACGCAGAUUGUGAAUCUCUUCACGGUGGAAAGAAGGAAAAGUCAUGUGUAUAUAGAAAAAGGAUAGUUGCGUUUCACGGUUUCACAUGCGUACGCUUGAAGAAAUAAAUGUGUCUUAUAAUGUUACUAGCAUAUAAUACUAUCAUUACUAUUAUAAUAAUUAUAUUAUUAUUACCAUUAUUAUUGUGACAAAGAUAUGCUUAAAUUUGUACAUGUACUUAAAGUGUGGGUGAGUCGAUGGGAAAGUGUAAAAAUUCACAAUCGUCGAUUAAUUAAAAAAAAAGUACUUUCAACUUUAA